AGGUGGGCCGUGUGGGGGAGAUCGUAUGCGAGAGCGGCGGGGCUUUAUAAGUGCGGGGGCGUGCCAGCAUCGUGUUUAGAUUAGUCAGUAGGCCAACUGUCGGCUACUGCUGGUUGGGCUUUCACUAUUUUUGCUCAUGCCACCGACAAUGCGCUGCUCCGGGAGAAUUAAGUAUAGGGCUGCGAGGCUGGCGUUAAUAAUCGCACCGGGCCUGCUUUUGGCAAUUUCGCAACACAUCCAAUACUGGGCGAGUUUACCAGGCAGCAGCGAGCUUGACCAAUGUUUUCAGUUUCCCGACAGCGGGCCAGACCAUCGAACAAAAAGCUAAAGCCAAUGGCCAUUCAGCUGCUGCACAAAUCGCAAAACACCGCCGGG